GUUUAGGCGCUCUCUUUGUAACAUUCUAUUAUUCUAUUAUUGGAGAUGCUCUGAAAACGCGAUGGCGCAAGGUGUGGUUUAGGCGCUCUCUUUGUAUCUGCAGUCGAGUUUUACCAUUCGAAUGACCAAAGUUUGCCUCUCUUUUUCGUUCACAAAGGGUCUCCUUACAUACUCUUCGUCUAUCUCUUGGGGAAUAUUAACCCUUACCCUUUCUUGAUUCAUGUUGGUCUUUUUUCCCUGCCAUGGCAAUCGCCGCCGCGCUCAUUCUUCCUCUGGGUGUUCUUUUCAUCUUCUCAGGCCUCGUUGUUAACUUCAUUCAGGCAAUCAUAUUUGUCCUAGUUCGUCCAAUUUCAAAGAACGUGUAUAGAAGGAUAAACAAAGAAGCAGUAGAACUAUUGUGGUUGCAGCCUGUUUGGCUUUUCGAGUGGUGGGCAAAUAUAAAGGUAGAGCUAUAUGUAGACCAAGAAACAUAUGAAUUAAUGGGUAAAGAACAUGCACUUUUUAUUUCUAACCACAGAAGUGACAUUGACUGGCUUGUCGGAUGGGUCCUAGCUCAGCGAGCAGGUUGCCUUGGGAAUGCUCUAGCUAUCAUAAAGAAAUCUCUAUCAUAUAUACCAGUUUUAGGAUGGUCAAUGUGGUUUUCGGGUUAUAUUAUCCUUGAAAGACGUUGGGAUAAGGAUGAGAACACAUUAAAGGCAGGUUUCCAAGAGCUAAAUAACUUUCCAAGUGCCUUUUGGUUGGCACUUUUUCCGGAAGGGACACGCUUUACUCAGGCAAAGCUUCAAGCAGCCCAACAGUAUGCUGCGUCAGCUCAAUUGCCUGUUCCAAAGAAUGUUUUGAUUCCCCGAACUAAGGGUUUUGUUGCGGCAGUCCAUCAGCUACGCUCAUUUGUUCCAGCAAUUUACAAUGUAACAGUAGCCAUACCCAAAACAGAGCCGGCACCUACAAUGUUAAGAAUGCUUAGAGGACGUUCUUCGGUGGUGCAUAUUCACAUUGAACGCCAUCUGAUGCAGGAUCUACCAGAAACAGGAAGUGGCAUCUCCCAAUGGUGUAAAGAUAUUUUCGUGGCAAAGGAUGCCUUACUGGAGCGACAUCUUGCCACCGGCGCUUUCACUGACAAAGAGUUCCAUGAGAGUAUCAGAACAAAAAAGUCUUUGGUGGUUGUUCUUACUCUGUCAUGUCUCAUUUUUUAUGGCGCUGUGAAGUUGCUUGAAUGGUGUCCAUUCUCAUGGAAAGAGGCUGCGUUCUGUGUAGUUUUCUUAGCCAUUGUGAUGAUCAUUAUGCACAUUCUGAUCCUAGCCUCUCAAUCAGAUUCCUCUAAUCCUCCUAAUAAAGAGCACAAGAGAGACCGAUUGCAGCAAAGUCUCCUUCCAAAAUGAGGCAUUCUAAACAAAAUACUUUGUAUAUAUGUAACCUCAGUGUAUCAAAUUAUGGAUUUCUCAUUAUUCAUAGUCGUGUACUCAUGUAUAGGUAGGGGAGUAGGGUUGUUUCACGUUAGAAAUUGAUCACGUUCUUUUUUUUCCUUUCAUAAUUGUUAAACUCUCAUGUAAUUAAUGUAUGAUGUGAUAAUAUAAAUAUAAAUAAUAAAUAAUCUGAGACGUUUGUUGUAACCUAUAA